CCGGUCAGAUCUGGCUGGUCGUGACGUCACGUGACAGCCCAGCGACUUUUGGUGGCGGAACAGAGGAGGAACAUAAGCGGGUUCUGUCUGUCCGUCCGUCAGCUUCCUCUCCGUCUGUCCGGGACACGAACCCCACUCGCUUCGUCUUCCACACGGUCCGGACUCGGUAGCGGUGGCUAUGGAUCCGUACGCCCGCUGCUGUCGCCACUGAGGGACCGUUGGAUGCUCCAGUGGCCGUCGAGGAGGAGGAGGAGGAGGGGGCAUCCCUGUCAUUCUCCCACCGUCAGGCUAAGUCACCAUCGCGGCGUCUGACCACACAAGGAGGAGCGAAAGAAGCGAGGACACGGCCAGAGGGAAGGAAACCAGGAGGCAAAACGAGAGGGAGAAGGAGGCAUCAGGUGGAAAGACGGGGACUCCAGCAGACGUUUGAAGAGGUCAGGUCGGGCCGGAGCGGGCGGAGCCUUUCCGGAGUGUCAAGCGGUCGCACGGACUCGGCUUCAGAUCUCAAACGCCAACCUCCAUCAUCCCCCCCCCAACCCCGCCCCACCCCCUUCCCGACCCCCCCACCCCACCCCUCCGAUCAUCCUGGGAGAAGCUGUGACCCGCAGACGCCACCAUGAGCGACCAGAACGUGGUCAAGGAAGGCUGGGUCCAAAAACGAGGCGAGUACAUCAAGAACUGGCGUCCUCGUUACUUCCUGCUGAAGACGGAUGGCUCCUUCAUCGGCUACAAGGACAAACCGCAGGACUCGGACCUAGCCUACCCGCUCAACAACUUCUCUGUAGCAAAAUGUCAGCUGAUGAAAACCGAGCGUCCCAAACCAAACACCUUCAUCAUCCGCUGCCUGCAGUGGACCACCGUCAUCGAGAGGACCUUCCACGUGGACACGCCCGAUGAAAGGGACGAGUGGGCGGAGGCCAUCCAGAUGGUGGCGGAGUCUCUGGCCAAGCAGGAGGAGGAGGGCAUCCUGAGCAGCCCCACUUCCCAGAUUGAGAACGUCAACGAGGAAGAGAUGGACACCUCCAUCAGCCACUACAAACGAAAGACGAUGAACGACUUUGACUAUCUGAAGCUUCUGGGCAAAGGAACUUUUGGUAAAGUCAUUCUGGUGCGAGAGAAGGCCAGCGGCACUUACUACGCCAUGAAGAUCCUCAAGAAGGAAGUCAUCAUAGCCAAGGAUGAAGUCGCUCACACGCUGACAGAAAGCCGGGUACUAAAAAACACGCGGCAUCCGUUCCUGACUUCCCUCAAGUAUUCCUUCCAGACCAAGGACCGCCUCUGCUUCGUCAUGGAGUACGUCAAUGGAGGAGAGUUGUUUUUCCACCUGUCAAGAGAACGUGUCUUUUCCGAGGACCGCACGCGCUUCUACGGCGCCGAGAUCGUCUCCGCCUUGGACUAUUUGCAUUCCGCAAAGAUCGUCUACCGUGACCUCAAGCUGGAGAACCUGAUGUUGGACAAAGACGGACACAUCAAGAUCACAGACUUCGGCCUGUGUAAAGAAGGCAUCACGGACACGGCCACCAUGAAGACCUUCUGCGGAACGCCGGAGUACUUGGCGCCCGAGGUGCUGGAGGACAACGAUUACGGGCGGGCGGUGGACUGGUGGGGUUUAGGCGUGGUCACGUACGAGAUGAUGUGCGGUCGCCUGCCCUUCUACAACCAGGACCACGAAAAGCUCUUUGAGCUCAUCCUCAUGGAGGAGAUUAAGUUCCCGCGCACGCUGUCGGCCGACGCCAAGUCGCUGCUAUCGGGUCUGCUCAUCAAGGACCCCAACAAGCGGCUGGGCGGAGGACCGGAUGACGCCAAGGAGAUCAUGCGACACAGUUUUUUUGGCACCGUCGACUGGCAGGACGUCUACGACAAGAAGAUGGUCCCGCCCUUCCAACCGCAGGUGUCGUCAGAGACGGACACGCGCUACUUUGACGAGGAGUUCACCGCACAGACCAUCACCAUCACUCCGCCGGAAAAAUAUGACGAAGACGGCAUGGACGCGGCCGACAACGAGCGAAGGCCUCAUUUCCCGCAGUUCUCCUACUCGGCCAGCGGGCGGGAGUGAACGCAACCCCUACACACACACACACACAUACACACACCUCCCUAACCCCACCUCACCCAGCGUCGUCCCCAGUUGGCGGCCAUUUUGAGGAAAACACGUAGCCAUUUUAGGAAAAACAAAUACCAGUCUCUCCUCUUUGAUGUCUUUUUGGGGACUUUAAAAGAGGUUUUUGCACAGUGGGCGUGCGUCCACACUAAAGAUGAGUCUGCGACAUUUUUCUGCGGAAGGCAAUGUUUCUCAUAUUUAUUUUUCUCUCCGUCAGUCAGUAUUACGUUCACGUCCACUUCCUGUUUGUCGUGACCGUCCUUUUUUUUCUUUUGCACUUGCUUUUGGAAGAGCCGCUUUUGGGGAACAAACGACCAAAAAAAUGUUGCCUUACGUGUGAAGACGUUUCCUAUCAUCGCCACAGGGUCACAGGGUCGCCACUUUAGUCUUUUUCUGCUUUCCAGAUUGGGUGGUAGGGGGGUGGGGGGGCGGGGGGGUCAUCGGGGUGGGCUUUGUUAAGAAUCCGUGCAUGGCUUGUGGCUCACCCAAAGGAAAAAAAAAACCUUUCUUUCUCAUCCGGUUGCCAUGGCAUUCCCAAAAACAUUCCCUGUCAUUGUCGCGGCGUUCUGACUUGUCGACCUCUUCUUGUCGUUUCGGAACGCGACACACACACUGCCAGAAGGCGCGGAAAAACAAAACUGCCACAGCAUCGUCCUCAUCCUCGUUUCCUUGCCGGAUGUCUGUUGGCCUCGUGUACGUCUCACACACACACACACACACUUCCUCUGAAGUCGUCGCUUUUCCACGGUCGUGACUGACAUGAAUGCACUCGGUCAGCAAGCGAGAGCACUGUUUGAUUGGAUUUGAUUGACGGCUACGCUAAAGUGUGGGCAAUUCAGAGCAUGUCAGGGGGAAAGAAAUGGAAAGUUGCAUGUGUCGCCCUCUUGUGGCGCAGAGUGGAAAUGUAGUGUCGCUUCACGGCUUGCCGAUGGGUUAAGUUUGUCGUUUUCGUUGCCUCUUAGGGAAAGUGACUGUUUUGGAUGUAAAUCAUUCCCAGUAUGAACAUGGACUGUAACAACGCUUCCAAACACGCCAGGAGACGCACUGAGGAGUCUUGUGUACAUAUUUAUGCAAUACGCUGUCAUUUUGUGUGUGAGGGGGGUGCGGGGGUCUCCGCGACGGGAAUAUCUACGUUGAAAUUCCAUGUGUGCGCUCAAAAAAGACUUUCAGACCUUCGUGGCAUCGUUUUCUACUCGGCGUCGUCCAACAGAGGCUGUUGCCGUGGAGACAGACGUCAAGCCCCUCCCUCUCUCCUUCCUCUGUUGCCAUGGUUCCCGCUCGUGUGAGCGUCACGCACCGUCACCUUUCUUUGUUCACUGUAAGGAAAAUGAAACGGAAAUCUUAAAAAGCAGAGACUUUUUUUUUUUUUUUUUUUGCUGGUUUCCACAGAUUAGGUUCUUAUCCCAUCGUCCUUGCUGGCUCCACCCCCUGUUCUUCUUCUCUUCCUCCUUUUUAGGCAGUGUUAACGCGUACCUUGUUGAGCUGGAAAAAAAAAAAGAGGCUGGAGGAUGAUGAUGGAUGCAUUAACUGAAGUCUCUUUUUAUUCUGUUUUUUUUUUUUUUGUUCUGUUCUGGAUUGUUUGCUUGUUUGUUUUCUUACAAAAAAGAUUAGGGCAAGAUCCUUUGCUGUGCUAGUAUUUAUUUUCAAUUAAAUUAAAACAAAUACAUUUAAGGGUUUCU